CUCACUUGGUCAUUAAAUGUAGUUUGGAAAGUUCAGCUACAUUCAGAUUUCACCUCCUCUACACAUCUUUCACGGCGAUGACUGUGGUUUCUUGUUGGCUAUCCUUGACCUUAUUUGCCUGCUUACCUAUCAGAUUGGAAUUAAUUUUCAUGUAUGUUUAAAUUAAGUAGACUUAUUAAAUUAAGAAUUAUAGCGUUUUAUCCCUGGGAUAUAUGUUUGAGGAAAAUACUGUGCAAGUUUUAUGAGGUUUGUGUAUCCUGAAGGUUUAUCAGUAGAUUAGGAAGCACUUGGCAUCUGAAUCUGGCAUUAAUUCCCAAAGCUUCGAGCAAUAUAUGUUGAUCCAAAAGGUACCCAAUUGGAUUUUGCCAUGACUGAGUCACUGUGAAGGCCUGGAGCUCCCUAUGGCUACCAUCUGUGCCACUGAGACUCCCUUCAUGCUUAGUGUAACCAGUUCUGUGUAACAUCUUUCACAAAAGAGCUUACUGUACAGUAGGUCUUUAUUAUGUUAUAAUAACACAGUGAAUCUUUAUUCCAAUCAGUGUCUUUCAGUCAGGAGGCAGAAGCUAAGUUCAAAUUAAAAAUGUGGAUAGGCAGCAUAUUGCAGUUUGUAAAACUGAAAACCAAGAUCUUUAAAUAUCAUGUUUGUAUGUUUAACUUGACCGUAUAUAAUCCCACUUGUGAAUUGCCAGUGUUUGCCACAUGCCACAAUGCAAAGAAUGAAGUGUUGCACAGUGCUGGGAGAAUGAGGAGGGGCAGACAUGCUCUUCUGGUUUGUCUUUUGCAGUCUCCCCAGUGCCUCACGGUAGAGCCAGUUGGCAGUUCUCAGUUCUCCUGGCCUGCAGGUGCCUGUGUAGUUGCAGAAGUUGCUCUCUAGAGCUUGAUGAGCCGUGAUGAACUCAUCCCAUCCUGGCCCCAACAGCACUGUGGCCAGUUUUGCACUUGACAACUGUCGAAUUGAAUUUCAAUUUCUGUAUGAUCAUCUCUAUGACCAUAAAACAUGGUUCCAGCUGUUAUUCAGUUUCGGGUUGCCUUUUUUUCCUCCAGAAGAGGAUUAUUCCUUGGAACACGGACGUAAGUGCCCCAUUAAUGCAGGCAUCGUCAAAUCGUGACAUCUUCUAUCCUGAAGAUUCAAGUUCUCCAUUGAUAUAUUAAGUUAUAGAUUUCUUUAUAUCAUUAUAUAUAUAGCUGUGAACCACAUGCAUCACUCCCCUUAGCGGUGAGAUAUAGCAGGAUGUUUUUCCUGGCAGAAUUGCCACUGUACCAGUAGCUCUACAUUUCUUAACAGCAGACACAUCGGUUGUUUUAUAGUGUUCCCCCAGACUUGUGAGAGUCAUUGACUUUCGACCUGCAGUCUUUGGAAAGGUCCCUGACCUUCAUAAUGAUGAUGAGUCUUCAAUUGUUCUCUUGAAUGUCUUCCAUGUUAGCUCCUUUUACACCCCAGGUAAACGGGAACCUAUGGAGGCAUUUGGGUUGUUACCGAGGCUUCUACUGUACUUCUGAAGAGCGAAAUGUUCAUUUUAUUUAAUAAUACAUAAGUAUGGGAAUAACUGCUUUCUGGUUUCAGCGAUGAGAAAUAGGGUGUGCAAUGUAACUGCAGUAUCACAUUUUGGAUUGUUUUAUGCAACACAUCAUGCAGUCUAACUUUUUGAUCCCAUUUUAAUUGGGACUGUGAACACCUAUGGAGAGCACUGCACAUUAUAGUAAAAUUCAAAAGCUGUUGAAGAAUCGGAAAGCGACAUUUACAUGAGGUUUAUGAAGUCCCACAAGUGCUAUGAUAUUGUUCCAACCAGCUCCAAGCUUGUUGUCUUUGACACUACGUUGCAGGUUAAGAAGGCUUUCUUCGCCUUGGUUGCAAAUGGCGUCCGCGCAGCCCCAUUGUGGGAAACAAAAAAACAGAGCUUUGUGGGAAUGUUAACAAUCACAGACUUCAUCAAUAUACUGCACCGGUACUACAAAUCUCCAAUGGUACAAAUCUAUGAGCUGGAAGAACACAAGAUUGAAACAUGGAGAGAACUCUAUCUCCAAGAAACAUUUAAGCCUUUAGUAAACAUAUCACCCGAUGCGAGCCUAUUUGAUGCGGUAUAUUCACUGAUCAAAAACAAAAUCCAUCGGUUACCCGUCAUCGACCCCGUCAGCGGGAAUGCACUUUAUAUCCUCACUCACAAGAGGAUCCUCAAGUUCUUGCAACUUUUUGUAUCUGAAAUGCCAAAGCCAGCCUUCAUGAAGCAGACCCUUGAAGAGCUGGGGAUUGGAACCUACAACAAUAUUGCCUUCAUUCACCCAGACACUCCGAUCAUUAAAGCACUGAAUAUAUUUGUUGACAGGAGAGUGUCUGCGUUACCUGUAGUGGAUGAAUCUGGAAAGGUUGUAGAUAUUUAUUCCAAAUUUGAUGUCAUAAACCUUGCUGCUGAAAAGACAUAUAACAACCUAGAUAUCACCGUGACCCAAGCCCUGCGGCACCGUUCGCAGUAUUUUGAAGGCGUUAUGAAAUGCAACAGGUUAGAAACACUGGAAACCAUAGUGGACAGGAUAGUCAAAGCUGAGGUCCAUCGGUUAGUGGUGGUUGACGAGAAUGCCAGUAUUGUGGGCAUCGUCUCCCUGUCGGACAUUUUGCAGGCCCUGGUGCUCACACCAGCAGGUGCCAAAAGUAAGGAGAGCGAGACGGAAUGACUGCUGUAUUGUUUCGAAGCUGCUUUUUCGAGAACUUGAAUGCUGUCGUUAUUUGGUCCUGGCUGUGGCCUGAUGAAGAGACAAGUACUGCUGGGCCUGGGGUUCUGUUCUAUGGGGAUGUCCUGAGAAGUGUGGGGACGGAGGAAGUGAUGGGCGACCUGCGAAGGUGUUGAUGGGAAUGUGCCGCCAUGGGGGUGGUUUUUAGGGCAGAACGGCCCCUUGUCAUUUUAAAAGGGAAUUCUAAUGUUCGUAACCUUGCUAAUGUAAACUUGAAACUUGACCUCCGGAUUUCAUUGUUCAUAUUCCAAAUACUUGGGAAGAAAUUGACCCUCCUUUCUGAUUUUUUUUUUUUUCCACGUUGGCCGACUUAAGAACAAUCACCAGGUUUUAUUUAUGAUGAAACAUUUUCAGUCUCUCUAGCAUGCUUUCUGGUGUAUUUGUCACAGCUCUCGUGCUUGUGUUGGGUCAUUCACUGCAGCGCUUGAGCUAAAUGGCUUUUAGUUAACUAAUGGAAGAACUAAAGUUAGUUUAUUUUGAUUCCCCGCAACGUUAUCCCUGUGAUGUGAGGCAGGUUUGUUGCAUUUUUGUGUCAUUAGUGCCUUAUGUUUUUGCCCCAUUAUGUGACAGGUGUCACCCAUCACUGGCUGCUAUUGAAGAGAAUGUUAAAAUGAUACUAAAUUGAAUGUGAAAGUCUUUAAAAACCAAAACAAGGCAAUUGCUCAUCACUAACUUGUCAGAAAAACAAUUUUGUAGUUCAAUUGAAAUCUAAGGUGGUUUUUUUAAAGAAUCAAAGUUAAUUUCGGUAUCUUUGUGAAUGUUUUGAACUAUGCUGUAAAGAUAGUGUUGAAAGCUUUAUUUAUUUUCCUUUUUAAUAGUGAUUUUUGAUUUUCAAAAUAAUAUGGGUUGUGGACAGCAACUGUCACACCCUAUGCAUUAAAUAUGUUGAGUAUGACUAUUAAAAACAAUGCAAAAAGCCUAUCAAAACGCCCACAACAUUUAUGUUCUCCAGUUUCCUAGGAGCAUGCAAUGGAAAAGAACUUUGUGUAUGUAUUGUAUUGUAAAUAAUAAAGUCAAUAUUGAGGAAACUAAGUGCCAGAGAAAGGUAUAUUUUUCUGUGUAUGAAAUGUAAAAUCUUGUUGUUUGUAUGAUUGCAGUUUUUCAUUUUUUUUGUAACUUUUGUGGCAUAUAUUGUUCAUACAGUUGCAAAGGAGGGGGAAGUUUUAUUCAUGAAAAUGCACAUUAAAGGCAUGAAAAUGACACUAAUGGUAAUACAUAUUGUAGAUUUUUUUUUAUUUUGCUGAUUGAAAAAAUAAACCAUGCUACUGAAUCUUU